GAGUGCAAACCUGCUGGAGAAGCGGCGAUAGAAGGGACAGCAGCAGCCAUCUUAGAGCAGAACACCGCGGAUUCAUCUACCGCUUUUUAUUUUUUCUUAUUAGAUCAACUCCUCCACAGAAGCACCUCGGCGACAAACAAAUAGUGUCCGUGUUGAAGUGUGUCGUGGCUGAGCUCGAAGUCGGGAUGCGGUUCCGAAGGAAUAAACUCUUUGCAUCCACCGUCGGACUGGUCCUGGCGCUGGUGUGUACGCUGGAUGCGGCUAAAGUCAAUAAGCACAAGCCAUGGAUUGAGACGACAUACCAUGGCAUCGUGACAGAAAAUGAUGACAAAGUGCUGCUGGACCCCCCUCUAAUUGCACUGGACAAGGAUGCACCUCUACGCUACGCAGAGAGUUUUGAGGUGACCCUCACUGAAGAAGGUGAGAUUUGCGGCUUCAGGAUCCACGGGCAGAAUGUCCCCUUUGAGGCCGUGGUCCUGGACAAGUCCACUGGCGAGGGGGUCAUCCGUGCCAAGGACAAGCUGGACUGCGAGCUGCAGAAGGAACACACUUUCACUAUCCAAGCAUACGACUGUGGAGAGGGACCCGAUGGUGCCAACAUGAAGAAAUCUCACAAGGCUACUGUCCACAUCCAGGUGAACGACCUCAACGAGUAUUCACCAGUAUUCAAAGAGAAGUCCUACAAAGCCACCGUCAUCGAGGGAAAGAAAUACGACAGCAUCCUGAAGGUGGAGGCCGUGGACGCUGACUGCUCUUUUCAGUUCAGUCAGAUCUGCAACUACGAGAUUGUCACCCCAGAUGUGCCCUUCACCAUUGACAAAGAUGGCUUAAUCAAGAACACAGAGAAACUGAACUACGGUAAAGAGCACAUGUAUAAGUUGACUGUGACCGCUUACGACUGUGGGAAGAACCGUGCCUCCGAGGACGUUUUGGUCAAGAUCAGCGUCAAGCCUACCUGCAAACCCAGCUGGCAAGGCUUCAAUAAGAGGAUUGAAUAUGAACCUGGCACAGGCAGCCUAGCUUUGUUCCCCAGCAUGCACCUGGAGACAUGUGAUGAGCCAAUCACAUCCAUAAGAGCCACUAUUGAGCUAGAAACCAAUCAUAUCGGAAAGGGCUGUGACCGUGACACCUACUCUGAAAAGUCCCUGCACAAGCUGUGUGGAGCGAGCUCUGGUACUGUGGAGCUCCUGCCAGCACCCAGCAGCUCUGUCAACUGGACGGUAGGACUACCCACCGAUAACGGCCACGAUAGCGACCAGGUGUUUGAGUUCAAUGGCACCCAGGCUGUCAAGGUUCCUGAUGGCUUGGUGAGCACCAGCCUGAAAGAGCCCUUCACUGUCUCUGUGUGGAUGAGACAUGGCCCAGGGGCCAAUGAGAAGGAGACCAUCCUCUGCAACUCUGACAAGACAGAUAUGAACAGGCACCACUAUUCCCUCUACGUGCACAACUGCAGGCUCAUUCUCCUCCUCCGCCAAGAUCCUUCAGAGGCAGAGAACUACAAACCGGCCGAGUUCCACUGGAAACUCGACCAGGUGUGUGACAAGGAGUGGCAUCACUAUGUAGUAAAUGUGGAGUUCCCCACCGUGACGCUGUUUGUAGAUGGCGCUACUUUUGAACCCUUCCUGGUCACGGAGGACUAUCCACUGCAUUCCUCCAGGAUUGAGACUCAGCUCACCAUUGGUGCUUGCUGGCAAGAAAACUCAGGACAUGACAAUGACACUGAGACAGUCUCUGAGUCUUCCUCAGGCGGAAAUGCACAUAUGGUCCAGUUUUUCCGUGGAAACCUUGCAGGAUUGAUGAUCCGCUCGGGCAAGCUGGAGAACAAGAAGGUUAUCGACUGUUUGUACACUUGCAAGGAGGGCCUGGAUGUGCAACUGCCCGAGGAGGUAGCUUCCUCUGUCAAGGUGGAGUUUAAUCCCAACCAGUCCACCCUGACCGUUGAAGGGGACGACAUUGAUGCAUUCGACAAAGUCAUGCAGCACAUCUCCUACUUAAACUCACGCCAGUUCCCGACACCUGGCAUCAGACACCUACGCAUCUCCACCACUGUCAAAUGCUUCAACGAGGAGUCCUGCGUGACCAUGCCGGAGGCUGAAGGUUACGUGAUGGUGCUGCAGCCCGAGGAGCCCAAGAUCAGCCUGAGCGGCAUCGACCACUUCGCUCGCAGCGCUGCCGAAUUUGAGAGCCCGGAGGGCGUGACGCUAUUCCCAGAGCUACGCAUCGUUAGCACCAUCACCCGAGAGGUAGAGGCUGACGCGACAGAUUCUGAAGCCACAGAGGGAGCUGACGAUGACCCCACAGUGCAAGAGACAGUGGUGUCUGAGGAGAUCAUGCACAACCUGGACACAUGCGAGGUGACUGUGGUGGGAGAUGAACUGGAUGCGGAGCACGAGGGUCUGGAGGUGGACAUGUACCAGCUGCAGCAGCGCGGCCUGGAGAUGAGCUCCUCCCACAUUGGCCUGGUCAUUACAGGCGUGAACACCAUGGCCAACUAUGAGCAGGUCCUGCAUCUUAUCCGCUACAAGAACUGGCACACCGAGGCGCUCUUUGACAGGAAAUUCAAACUCGUAUGCUCUGAGCUCAACAGGCGCUACAUCAGCAAUGACUUCAAGGUGGAGGUGAAUGUGAUCCACACAGCCAACCCCAUGGAUCACGUGAACAGUGCCAUGGUGCAGCCCAACUUCAUCAACCCCGUGCACCAUGCCUCUGUGGACCUGUCUGGUCACAACCUUGUCAACGCACACCAGGCCUCAGUGGUUCCCAGCGCGGCCACCAUCGUCAUCGUCGUCUGUGUCAGUUUCCUGGUGUUCAUGAUCAUUCUGGGCGUGUUCCGCAUCCGGUCAGCACACCAGCACACCAUGAGGGACCAGGAGAACGGCAAGGAGAACGAGAUGGACUGGGACGACUCGGCCCUCACCAUCACCGUCAACCCCAUGGAGACGUACGAAGACCAGCACAGCAGCGAGGAGGAGGAGGAUGAAGAGGAGGAGGAGAGCGAGGACGGGGAAGAGGAAGAUGACAUCACCAGCGCUGAGUCAGAGAGCAGCGAGGACGACGAGGGCGGCGAGCAGGAAGACCAGCAGGCGGCCAGCAGACAGCAGCAGCUGGAAUGGGACGACUCCACCCUCACCUACUAGAACAACACACACACACACACACACACACACACACACACACUACUAACUUGCACUCAGUCAGAUGUUGAUCCUCAGUACAGCACACAUACAAAAAACGUUUCCCCUCUUGUCAUCUUAGUGGCGCUACUCAGUGUUGUGCGGUCAUCAACGGCUUUUUAAAUAAUUUAUUCAAUUUUAACUCUGAAAUUGAAGUGUGUGAGGAAGCCAACUGUGCACUUUUUUUUAAGUUUUCUCUCCCACACAAGGCUUCAAAUGUUUUUUUCUUAAUUUGUUCUGCAGCUAAAACAAAAAAAAAACACCACUGGUAGCCCAGUGACUUCAUUUUUUUGAGCAAACAUUUCCUUUAUUUUGAAUCUUUUAGUGCAUGAAGUAUAGACAUACAUUUGCUUUUUAAAGACCUUGUAAAUACUAAAUAAACCCAUGUAAGUAGUCGACGUGUUCGUGACGACCUCUCCACAGGGUCCCAUAUCUUAAAUUAAAAAUGGCAAAAAAAAACAGCGUAAUAUUUGUGUCACACAGGCUGUAUGUAGCAUGUCGCUCCAAUGUUGCUGCAAACUUGUUCCGUCACGUUUGUACAAAAGUGUCGGCUCUCGCCAGGAGGAACCCCGCAAUGUUCUCAAGGGUCCAUUUUUUGUGUGUUCUCGAUUGGUUCCUGCUGGAUGUCGAUGUUGUUCAAACCAGACUGAGAAGGAGGUCGGUCUAAAAGUUGAUGCUCCAAGGCGCGGCUAUUUAAAGUGGAAAAAUAGUAACACUCCAGCAUUUAUUUCACUUGCAGAAUAAUCAUCAUUUUAAGUCCUCCUUGUGCUCAUGUUGUAUAUAUUUUUUCCAAAAUGUACAGUAGAAAGGGGAUUCAUAUGGCCCCAUUCGCCGCGGUUUACUUGACACAUGAAACGUGACGAAUUGGGGCGGGGGGUGCACUAGCCACUUUCACCGCCAGAUGGCAGUAGUCUUGAAUAUCUUAAAAUGUGAUUUGUGGCGAUUUCCAACUUUGACCGAAGCGGCAGUUGCUAUGUGAGUGGCACUUUCCAUCAUUUUCAGCAGCUUGCUUUGCAAAAAUAAUUAACCCCCGCCCCUCUUCCUCUCACGCGAGAUCCACCCAGGAAUGGGGCCUUAUGAAUCCCUUCCCUUCUGUAACCUUUCAGGCUUGGCUCGGUGCAGAUUUGAGGGAGACGCCUCUCCAUGCUGGCCAGACGAGGGAGUGCAAUCCCCAUGAUGUCGGUCGAAGUUUAAAAACAGGAACCCAGGCUUGUAUUAAUAAUGUUUUUGUUGUUCAUUUGUAAGCUGCUAGAUUUCUUACUGAACUUCAUGUUCUGUCUCAACAUUAGAACCACGGCUAGUUUGAUUUGAAACUGUCGAUGUUGUAGCUGAUGUAUCUUUCUGUAGAUAUUGUGCUGAAUCCACCUUUAGAAGCAGGUGUACAGGACGUGACGGCAAAAAGCUUCGGUGCAUAGUGGCGUUUAUUUUUUGGCCCGGGGGAAAUUGCCGUUGAAAGUAGUGAUUUCAAAGGUCAUGCAUACCGUUUGUGUGGGACGCUCCCGUUGAAUGUGGCAGCCAUGCUGUUAAAAGCACCAAUGAUGAUAAGACUUUAAGACUUGUUAUGUCGCAUGAACCACAAGUCAGUGGACAUUUUCAUGAUGUGUGAGGCUGGAAGUGAGGAGACGUGAUCCACUUAUUUGUGACUAACAUCGCGCCAUCUUGUUAUUGUUUUUUUUCUUGUUUGCGUUUCUUUGCUCCAAAUGGAAAUGUUGUGGAAGGUUCCUUUGUGCUUGUUGGAGCUGCGCUCACUUUUCUACCGAUUGACAGGCCAAGUUGUAGUCAAGUUGAUGCUUGCUCGUGAACAAAAUAAAGGAUUAUGAGAUGGGA